GUAAAAAAAAAUGUUUUUAUUAAAUAUAUCUACAAAACAUAACAAUAACUACAGAUCAUGAAAACAGACAACAAUAAUAUACUAAAACAUGUAACGAUUAAAACUGAUUAAAUACUAAUGCUCCCACACGUGUCGUAGGACAGUCAACCUUUCAGGCCUGCGGAAAGGAGCGCCAGCUGGAGUCUCCCUUUUGAUUUCAAUGGGAACUAUGCGCUCCACUAAAUAUGGUUUGUUACCCUUAACGGUAGACUUAGAGAUAGUUACAGGUAUGCGUUUUUCAGAUUCUCUGGGUGCAGGUCUAUCUGUUUUCACAACUGGAGUUGGGGCUGCUUUAGUGAACUGCCGUGCGAUUCUCUAAAAUUCAAACAAGAACUCGCAUCUCACUACGAAAUUCUCCAUCACUUCGCAUUCGCAAUGGAAUGACCUUGAUUUGGCAUUCUGUAAACACUAAUCUUAAUUACCCUGCCUCGAGCGAAGUGAAGUGACAACGAAGUUUGUUUACAAUACUACUAGGGAUAGCCGUAUACACGCAAAUGUAAAUCGAAGCUUACCGGUUUCAGUUUUUCUUUGUAUUUAGAAGCAUUCUGUAAGAAAAUACUAUGAAUUUAAGCUUUGGUGUCUAAACCACAUCUAAUAUAUCUAAAAAUAAAAUUAAAAGUCAUAUAUUUAUGAAAUUAAUUGUAAUUUCUGGCUGUACGCUAAGUUCCUUUGCGUGCACUGACGAAUACCAGAAUUAAAAAACAAAAUUUUAAUUGUUUUCAAAACAAUUUCGAGCGGUCGGAAGUUUUAAUUUUGCUUUUUCUAGAUUUGUUGUUACUUUGUGAGUGAAUUUAACGUUAAAUAAAAAUUAUGAGAUUUAAAGAGCGUUCUUCUCAUCCGACAUUGGCGCAAAUAGAGGCAUUGAUAAACGUUUUGGGUUAAAAGCUAGCGAAACAAAAGGAUUAAUCGAAUCUCAACAUGUUCAAUAAGAGAACAAGGAUAUUAAAAAAAUAUAGGAACUAAAUUCUCUUGUCAGUUAAGAUCCAUUCCCGGAACUACAACAGAUUGAAAAUACUAAUCCACAUCAUCAGAAUAUUGUAAGGAGUUUAAAGAAGGGUAUGCCAUAGUGCUUGGGAAACACCGUGGAGGGGAGCUCAUUUCAAAGCCGGAUGGUACGUGGCAAAAGAGAUCUCUGGAAACGCACUGUGGUUGGACGCAGUGGCUCCAGGUAGUAUAGACGAACUCUAAUCCGGUGGCGGGCGGUGCGAUGGUAAAAACGAGAUGAUGGUAUCAACUCAAACAAUUUCUCAGAGCACUCUCCAUGGAACAUACGGUACAAAAUACAGAGGGAACCGAAGUCCCUCCGCAGACCCAGAGAUUCCAAACGAUCGUUUCUAUUAUUAAUUGAAUUUAAUCACUCGAUCUUUCUUUAGUUUAACUUAUUAUGCCGCACUGAAAUUGACUUUUUUACUAUGGGUGGACACAGGAUAUCACGGCCCACUUGGCAUUAAGUAGUUGGUGGAGCCCAGAGAUACCAACAACGUAAUUGCGGCCACCCACCUUGAGACGUGAGUUCUAAGUCACAGUUUUAACAGUACAACGGCUGCCCCGCCCUAUAAACCGAAACGCAUUACUGCUUCACGGCAAGAAUAGACAAGGUGGUAGUAUCUACAAGUGCAGGCUCACAAGACACCCUGCCCUAAUUUGAAAUAGGCUCAACCAUCGUAGAAGCAAUAUAGGAAUGCACAGACACACACACUCUGCUGACGAUUAUAUCAGUUUUAUAUUGAAGAACAUCGAUCAAAUAUGGUUUUGAAAUAUGGUGUUUAGCAAUAGCGGUGAAACAGCCUACUAUCAAGGUAGCCCGAAUCAUAGAAAAGAUAUCAUCACAUCAUUCAAUUGAGAAAGAAAUAUUUCAAUAAUAUUUUAUACUUGUAUAUAUUAGGUGUUGAGUCUGAUUUAUGAGUACCUACACUAGAAAAAAUUCUUCGAUGCAAGGGAGAGAUUAUCGCGAUGCGAUUAUGUUAGUUGAGAGCCUUUAGUAAAAUGAUCGUCUCAUUCAUACGAUUACGAAAUAGCAUCAAUAAAUGUUCAACACAUUUUUUUAUUAGUUGUAGGACGUGGUAUUGUUGCUCUGAUACCCAAAGCAGUCAUAUGCUUAGUUUGAAGCGAACAGCAGCUGUACAAUAUAAUUGAGAAUUCAAUUUCAUAUUUCAAGAUGGGUGGAGCUAUUUACGUCGUAUUGUUUAAAGGUUAUCAUUUAACACAAGACCCGGAGUGUACUUGUCAACGAAGUCCUAUAAAAAAGAAUACUUAGAAGAAAAUCACACGACAAAACUCGCUCACAUUCGUCUUACAUAAAUAAUAAUAAAGCCCGUUUAGUUCCAAUCCGUAAUGAUAUCGUUGUUACAUGCGAUUUAAUAUCUAAAUAUACUAGGGUAGAAUUUCUCUAAUUUUCUUUUAUUCGCUAACGUUACUUUCUUCUGUACCAUUAAUCGGAACCCCUUCUUGGGUAAAUGCCUCCUCCAGCUUCUUCCAAAUCACUUUGUCCAUGGCUUUCCUUUUCCAAUCGCUUCCCUCCAGCAAACAUUCGUCUUACAUAAAUAAGUUUAAUUUAAUUUAAGCCGUUUAAGAAACACCGACUACCGUCACAGUAUAAAUGGCACCUACCGUUCGAGUGUUCGUGUGUUGUUAAUAAAAUAAAAAGAAAACAAAAGAAAAGAAAAGCCGCUGGAAUAAUAUAGUUUUGGUUUUCAGGGCUUGUGAUAAAUGACGAUUCGAUUCAGUUUCAUUACAGGCACCACGCUGUCUGGGAACCUAUGAAACAUACGGUCACGUAACUUUUAAGCACUGUCCUGGUCACGUAUUGGUGUUUUAUGGGUGGGAAAUAUAAAUAGGGAAAUUAGGAUGCAGAACAAACACGUACUACAAAAUUUGUAAUUUUGCGCUUAUCAUAUUCAUUAUAUAUACUGCUGUAAGAAAACUAUGUCCUGCACUGAUAAAAGUUAAGCAAUUUUAAGUAUCUCAUAAAUUAGAGUAAUAUUAUUAUCUGCUCAGGCCUAAUUUCACUAAGAUAUUCUACACAGCUACAUCCUCAACUUGGUAAAUUUAUUCAUAAGAUCAAAAUAUGUAUACAUAUCAUAUAUUUUAUAUGCCUAAAAGCCAUUAAAUUGAAUACUGUUACGCCCGCCCAGUGUUCUUGUAUAAUAAAAAUGAAAUAUUUUAAAAUUUAUCAAACAGCGCAUUGGAAAUGCGACUCUAUUUCACGGCAACAUGAUCUUUCUCCGAGGCACGCAUCUGAAUAUUUAUAUUUGUUUAAUUGAAAACGAAAUUUUGUGAAAUGAUCGAAAUUUCAUCACAGAUCCAUAUUAUAAUGCAAUUUAUGUAAAAAGUGCGUAGAUAACUACGUCCCAUACGACUUGAAAUUAUUAGAAUAUCGAUAUCGAAAUGCAAUUCGAUAAAAUAUAUCGAUUCUUUUUUUCUUUUUUUUCCUUUUAUUUUGUUCUUACAACAUAUACCAUAAAACUAAUGCUGAUAAAUAAAUAGGUAUUUUAAGAAUAUGAAAAUAUUCCCACUUUUGGUACCAUUUCAAUCAGAAAAAAUUUCCAGUAUGGUCGCACAAAGCGUACGUAGUCUGUUUUGUUAUUUGUUACAAUUCAACAACAAUGUAACUAAGCAUUAGGUUAAUUUGUGAACUUUACGGUCAAAUUAGAUUCAACUUUGUUUUAUUGAAUUUGUCGAAAAUAAACCCUCUAUAUUCAAACAAUGUUAUAUCACGGUAUAUGGUAGUAACAGUAAAUGAUAGAAAUUAUAGAUAGAAAAUGAUUUUAGAUAUUUAAUUUAAAUUUAAGAGUUAUAAUUUAAGUGAAAAAAAAAAUCAGAUGGGCUGGUUUGGAUUUACACACAAAAUGCGCUUUGAAACGAAAGUUUAAAAAAUUAACUAAAUUUAAAAUGCAAAAAUCUGAAUGCUAAUAUAAUAAAUUUUAGUAAUAAAUAAAUUUAGUACUAAAAUGAAGCCUCAAAUGAAAAAUGGAACUCAAACAUAGAACAAAAUUCGUAAUAGGUAAAUUAACAUAAUUUAUAAGAAUUUCGUGUUAAUCGACAUCGGCUCUUCACUAAUAGCGACGAGCUAGUUACGAAUUUGUAGAAGAUUUCGAACACUCAUCUUGUGUAUAAAAUCGGAGGUCUUCCUUGUUUCUGCACAGACGACAAACAGCGUCCUAUCAGUCCACAGGCUGCUCUCAUCACUCACAUUUGCAGCCAUGGAAAUUCACGUGUGGUGCCUAUUAGCUUCUAUAUUUCUGGCGUCGGUGCAUGCAGGGCGCUAUGAUCUUGGCCCGCAAAAAUUCUACGAACCAUCCACUCCUUCGUCACAAACAGAUUCGAAAUAUGAAACCAAAGAAGUUAUUUUAUACUUAACACCCAGCCAAGUUAAAGCGCUUGAAGCCCGUGGUGCCGUGGUGAGACCUCAACUUCCAGAAGCUGAGCCUGAAGCUGAAGCUCAGACUGAGGAACCAGAACAGACCAUUGAAAAUGAACAGGGUGAAGCUGAAACUACUGAAGAACAAUCCAGGUCUCAACUCGAGGAGAUUCUCAAAAUUCUGAACGACCAAAUUGAGGAAGAAGACAAUAGUUCUGAAGCUGAUAACGAGCCUCAAGCAGAAGAAGAGCAAAGCGAAGAACAAGACGAAGAGCAACAGGAGGAAGAGCAAGAUGAACAAGAGGAAGAAGAACAAGAAGAAGGACAGGAACCAGAGCAGGACCAGGAACAAGAACAAGAGCAGCAAGAUGAAGAUGAGGAAGAAGAAGAAGAGGAAGAAGAAGAAAUCACAGAGAGACCGAGAACUAUUCCAGCUAGAUUUAGACCCGCUAAAAAGCAACGUGAAGAUAGAUAUCUUGCUCCUUCUGUCAGAAAACAAAAUAAGAAGGCGAAGGCUAACGCUGCUCCUCGUAUUCCAGCAUCGGAACAGUCUCAAAAAACAAAGCCACGUAACCAAACGAAGAAAACUGAAAAGAAGAAGGAAGAAGCGAAAACUGAUCUUGAAGCAUUGUUACAGAAGAAGUUUAGAUUAGUUCCUUUGGACGAUGACAAUAUUUCAGUGCCCGCCAUCACUCCUGUAGAGGAACCGUCUCAAGAGCCCGCCCAGGGAGCUGCCCAAGAACCCGCACAGGAAACUCCUCAGACGCUCGCUCAGGAGGUCGCCCAAGAAGAACAACAAGCCGAAACUGAAGAAGAGAUCGCACAAGAGAAACUUGCAGAGCUCUUAACUCCACUCCUCAAUAGCGACAAAGUUGUGCAAUCCAUCACCCAACAAAGGAGCAAGCUUUUGCAACGUGAACUACAACUCCAGACAGCUUUGCGUGAAUUGAAGGAAGCUCCAAAACAUAACGAUCAGAAAUACGCCAUCGAACUUGAGAAAUUGAAAGCAAAUUUGGAAAAACAAAAUGCCUUGGCCAGGGCCGAGGUACUCGCUAAAACAAAUCCUUUAUUGGUGAAAGAAGAGCUACGCGCCAAGAAACGUCGUCCUGUCUCCGCUAAGCUAGUUAAUGUAUCAACACUGACAAAGUUACGCAGCUCUGAGGCUGCUCAAAAGAAGGGAGCUAAACCUUUCGUUAUUCCAUUACAGCCGUGCGAUUCUGUAAGCGUUGUUUAACAAACUCGCACGUGAAUUUGGUGUGAGUUUUCAAAUUGGCAUUCUGUAAAUUUCAUUGUAGUGCCGAAUCUACACUAGCGCCCCUCGCGGGUGAAUUGAACUAGCAAGCGUGAGUUUUUUUUACUAAAAUGUAUGAGUUGACGUUUGA